UUUGUGAAUGUGGAAUCAUUUCUGGUACGUCUUCAGGACCUGUUGUUGACACUAAGCCGACCUUCUCAGGACCUCCUGAGGACUGGCGUGGUCCCCAGGAGGUCCAGCCUCGUUUCUGAGGCUCUGGUUAAAGCUGAGAUUAACGUGAGGUGACAUUUACUGGAUGUGAUUAAAGGCAGGAACAUGACUUUGAUUACUUUGUCUUCUGCUUUUCAACUGCAGCUGACAUCCUUUGCAUUCUUUUCUUUUCUUCGACUUUCCUUCUUUUUGUUUGUUUGUUUCCUCUUUCUUUUCUCAUGAAACGGAAUUGAUUCAAGAGCUUUUCCAUUGGCCACACACACUUGAGGACCAGAUCGUGUCUCUCUGUGUACAGUAAUCCUAAUAUGAGCAGCUGGAAACACCCAACAAAGUUGAAAUCGACGAGCUCACAUCUGUUGUUCCCUUAUUGUCACAGGACACCGAGAGUCAGCCUCAGUCUUUCUGUGUCAAAGUAGGAUUUGAAAUGUAUUAUUAUGGUCAACAAUGUGCGUGCGCCCCGUUACAGGAAACAGUGGCCUGACCAAAUACGACCAUCCUUUUGUCUGACAUAGUGUAUGAGCAACGAGCAGAGCUUCUUCCUGCCGCUGCACACACCCAGAGAACAGAGGAUACAAUCUCUCUCUCUCCCCCACUCUCUCUCUCCCUCUGCCUCUCUCUGGGUUCAGUGGGAUGCUGUGCGUGGAUAAGUCCUAGUCCUCAUCACCAACCAUUACAUCAUCUUUAUUUCCACUCAGCCCCAACAGGAAUCGAGCGCUGUGUUUUAAACAUUUGUGCGCUGCACUCAGCACGCAGCAGUGUCUGUCUGCAGCAGCAGCAGCAGCAGCUGAAGUCGUAUCUUCAUACAUGACGCUGCAUCAUGAAGGCACAUGAGCAUCAGCACCAUCAGCAUCAGCAUCAGCAGCGCUGUCAGCUGCUGGCGUUUCAAUGAGGAGGGGGAGAGACGGAGAAGAGGAGAGAGGAGAGAGGAGGAGAGACGUGCACCGUCAUCAGCAUCUGUCCGCCAGCUCCCUUUGUGCUGCUCACCGGAGAAUGUGAAUGGCGAAAGAUGACAUGGCAGAGGUAGGAGAUCUGGCAAAGCACGGAGCAGGGGAACCUCCCGGUAGCGGCGGCGGCGGCGGCAGCGGGGGCGCGGAGGCCUCCGCAUCCUCUGCGUUUCCAUACGAGGAGUACGAGUGUAAAAUCUGCUACAAUUACUUCGACCUUGACCGCCGGGCCCCCAAGAUCCUCGAGUGCCUGCACACGUUCUGCGAGGAGUGUCUGAACACUCUUCACCUCCGGGAGGAGCGGCCAUGGCGCAUCAGCUGCCCAGUGUGCCGCCACCGCACACCGGUGCCGGACUACCGCAUUCAGAACCUGCCCAACAACACCAAGGUGACGGAGGACUUCCCGCUGUACAUCGACUCGGACCCGCUGCCUCAGGACGCUCUGCCGCCGUACCCCCCGCCGCUGCACCCGGCCCUCGUCGCUCUGCGCCGCGACGAAGCGUCACAGGGCGCGUCCGGCAGCAACAGCCAGGCGACGCCGUCCACCACCGUGUCCACGGCCACGACGCUGUCGCAGGACUCGGUGCGCUACGACAGCUGCCAGAGCUGCAAACGCGUGGCUCUGACCACCGGCUGCGUGUGCGUCAUCUUCUCCUUCCUCUCCAUGCUGGUGCUGCUCUUCAUGGGCCUCAUCUUUGUGCACAGCCACAGCAUCCCGCCCUCACCGGCCGGACCCAUUUGCCUGUCGGUGGCCAGCAUCCUGGCCAUGUUCUCGGUGGUGGUCACGUGGCUCAUCUGCUGGCUCAAAUACAGACCGGACCAUGAGACUGGCCGCUCCUCUGCCACCACUAACUCCAGGAGGAACGCCUGACAGACAGAGCCGCUGUGACUGUAUAUGCAGCGUUUGUGCUGCGGCGGGUUUAUCAUGAUGUGCAUAUACUGACAGCUGAUGCUCCUGCUCCCUUUACCUUUGGAGGAAGAAUUCUCUGACCCCCAGAAUGGCCUUUUAUCAAUUUCGCAGACACCCCAAGGCCUUCGUGUUGUUUGGAGACUGGCCUAUAGGUGACAUUGUUGAUCUCAAAGGUCCAAUGUGUAAAAUUCAGGUUGGAUGGAUUUAUUGUCAAAGCUUAGCCGUAAAAUAACUUUGAAUUAAGAACAAUUUGUACACACCCACCAGACCUGAAACAUGUACUCUAGACAGGGCUUGGUUUAUGGAGGCUGCCAUCUUGUCCCUCCCACCCCCCAUUCUUUUGAGACACAAAUCAGACACAAAGAGAGUGUCCUUGUGGUUCGGAGUGGGUGCUGAAAAAAAAAAAAAACACAAGCUGAAGGGUUGUAACGAGUGCUACGGUCUUGUUACCACCCCUGUGUGUCUGGCUCACUUCAGUUGCUCUCACAGGAAGUGAUCAGACAGAGAGAAGCUGCUGUUUAAAACACAUGCUUUAAAACCACUAUCAUAGGUGGAUUUGAUUUAUCAAAGGUUGCCACACAGUGGAAGAGUGGUUUGUGCCCCCGCCUUAGAGAUCCUAAUAUGGUCAAUCCAUCUAAAUUGACCAUUUGUGAGUGUUGUUGUGGACCUGUGUUGUAGUGGUGAACUGACCAGGGUGUACUCCGCCCUCGUCCGAUGUCCGCUGGGAGAAAGUCUCAGCUUCACCCACGGUCUUGAAAAGCAGCAGCGGUAGAAGAUGAAUAUAUCAAUUUAAAAAAAAAUAGCUCAUAGAAACAAAUAUGAUUGGCAUCAGGAUUUCUACUGAUUUUUUUAUAGGUAUCAGGAGGAGUUUGUCAAUAAAAAAUUAGACAAGAACUGAACGGGCAAGAAGAGCAGACAAAAAAAAAAGCUGCAGUUCAAAUGUAUAAACACGGCAGCCUUAACAAAAAAUAAAACUUUUUUGCAAAAUCCAGACUAAAAAUUAAAUCUGUGGCCUUACACUGGUGUUAUAGUCAUUACCUAAAGAUAAAAUAAUAAGCUAUUAAUAAUAAGCUACUAACAGAUACCGUCACCAAUGACAACGUCCUUCAUAAAA